UUGGGUUACCUGUGGGCAGUUUUAUGAAAUACAAAACAAGAUGGCGGCCAAUGAAGGCGUAUCACAUAGUACACAAGAAACCGAAUCGAAUAUGUUAGGGCUUCGAGCAGUUCUUGUUGGGGCCACGGGAUCGAUCGGUGAAUGCUUGCUAGGAGAAGUUCUGGCCUCGAAGAAUUUUUCAAAAGUCAUUGUUCUUGGAAGACGAGAUGCCACUGCUCCUUCAUCUUAUCAAGUAGAUCAAAAAGUUGAGGAAAGCAGUGGCCGGCUGGAACAGCAUAAAAUUGAUUUUGAAAACCUGAGUAAAGAGACUGUGGGACAGUACUUCACAGACAAAGAUGUCUUCUUUUGCACUCUGGGGUCAACUCGAAAACAGGCAGGGUCAGCGAACAAUUUUCGUCACAUCGAUUAUGACUAUGUUGUGAACUGUGCUAAUGUGGCCAAGGAAUGUGAGGUGAAAUCAAUGGUGUAUGUUUCAAGUUAUGGGGCCAACCCCAACAGUAUGCUUCUCUACACGGAGGUCAAGGGAAAGGUUGAGGAAGCUUUGAAGAAACUGCAGUUCCCACAUACAACUAUCUAUAGACCAGGUCUUCUUAGCAGAGGGGACAAAGCCCGAUUUGUUGAGAAAAUUUAUGCGUGGUUUGUGAGCUCAAUCCCAGUUGCUACAGUUGCUAAGGCGAUGAGGGUUGAAGUAGAGGGGCAUUUCUCUAGUAAACAGACAACGGGUGCUUCUGCACAAGCCAGGACUCUUUUUAACAGCGACAUUUAUAAGCUGGCAGAGGAGAAGUGAGAAUGGACGGACUGAUGGCAAAUGGAUUGGUAAUCAGACAAUCCAGUAGUCUUUGCGGAGGCUCUCAAAGUGCACAUUACCACAAAAAUGUGACUUGCAUUUUACCGGGGAAUAGGCGACUUGCGCUAAGAAAUCACGUGACUUUUGGGUGGCAAACUCGCUCCAGCUUUUGGCGGGGAAAUAACAACAACAACAACAAAAAAACCAACUCGGUCAGAAGGUUUCAACAUCCGAAAGGGUUUAUUUUAAUUUAAAAUAUUAUUUUUUAGUCGCUCUGGCGUGACUGCUGCAGUCAUUUCUGGGAGAUUUUGCCAAAGUCACGUGAUUUCUUAGUGCAUGUCAGACGGAUAGAGGGACAUGAAGAAGAAUAUUUAUUGACAAUUGUAGUUCGAUGGUUGCUUCACUGACAUAUCGAAAUCAUCAAGAACUUUGAGAACAUUUGUUUUAGAAUAAACAAAAUUGGCAUCAUAACAACAAUAUAAUAAUAAUAUAACAAUACAACGAUCAAGGUAUUUCAUUUAUUCAAUGUACAUUUAAUGCACUUAUCACUAUAUAACAAUCGGCACAUGUAUUGGUUAUUUUAAGUGGCAAAUUUGAGAGAACAGGU